AAUCCCUGUAUACUGAAACAAACCCUUGUUGCCGCACUGGUCUUCUUACACUGAAAUUGAGUAAAAUGAGCUUGUCAAAACACAAGCACACGCCCUCGUACGACUUCCCCGAAGAGCUCUUGUCCGAAAUAUUCAAAAGGCUCCCUGUCAAGUAUGUCUUACGUUGUGGAGCUGUCCAAAAAUCAUGAAAUUUAGGAAUGUGCCGGACUCUCCCUUUUCGAUGUUUACAUUUAGGGAGACUAAGUGGAAUGCUUUAGCUUUUGGGUUUUUGCCGGAAGUUAAUGAUUAUGUUGUGGUACAUGUUAUCAAACCUAUUUCGACGGCUGCACCCCCUUGCUACUUAAUUUCUAAUCCUGACAUAGGUUAUGAAGAAUACCCACACUCAGUCAAGAUUGGUGUUUAUAGUCUCAACAGUAAUUCUUGGAAGGAAGUAUGUCAGGAUAAGGUAUUUGUUGAUUACAUGAGUACGGAUGUAUCGGUAUUUGUUGAUGGUACUGCAUUUUGGGUAGGCUAUAAUAAUGAGGAUUUGUGCCAGUUAGUUAUGUACUUUGAUACGAAGACAAAUGUACUGGGACAAGUCAUUUUACCUGAUGACAUUAUAUUUCGUGCAUGUCAGCUUGAGAAUCCACUUAUUCUUCCAUUUGGUCAAUCGAUUGCUUACUUUGUUGAGGUCGGUGAGGAUGAUGCAAGCGAGGAUGAUGAGGACUAUGGAUCUCCUCAUAUGGACAUAUGGGUAUUGAACAAAGAUACGAUGGGUGAGUUUUCUUGGGAGGAAAAGAUGAGUGUUACUUUAAGUGAAAAUGUUUGGCCUGAAGUCUUGGGUAUAAGGAACAAUGGUGAGCCAAUACAAGCAAAAUUGGACAAACUGAUUUCAUAUGAUCUUGAUACUCAUGAACCAUAUGUUUUUGUUGAAUCAUGUGAACAUUUGACUCCAACUCCCUAUUACAAGGAGGGCUCUAAAUCACCUUUUGUCAUUCGUCCUUUCUUGGAAACUCUACUUUUUCUUGAUAUGGAUUGAGAAAUUUGAACGAAAUGUUUGUCGGACCCUUGUUAUCGCAAUACGAACUUGCUAGAGUUCUUUAACUCUUCAUUUUUCUAGAUAGAGAAUUAGAGAUGAUGAUGUAGACGUCAUUAUUUGUGCAUCAAAAGUGGACCUCGAACUAAGAUUUCAACAAAUGAUUGCUAGUGACAUGGCUCGUCUGAAUUUAAGGAAUCCAGUGUUGAAUCAGGCAAGUGCUUCCCAUUUGACAACUUCAUGGCAAUUCCGGUUCCUAUGGUAUUAGCAGAACUCGAGUAUAGCAGAUAGAUGUUAUGGGGAAGGUUAAAAACAGAUAGUAGCUAUACUACCUCUGUUGAAGUUGUAAGCAACACAAAGGGAAGCUAAUUGUCUUAAUUUCUUAUGUUUUUGAUAAAGUUCUAAUGGAAGUGUGUUUAUGAUCAAUAGCUAAUGUAAGUGUACCCUAUAUCUUUUGUCAUAGUAGUUCAUCCUGUUAAAGAAAGAGAGUCAUAGUUGUUGUCAUAGUUACAUAGGACUGGGUUCGAUUCGAAACGGGGAACGAAAUCGGGUACGUGGAACAUUAGUUUUAGUGAAUCUGGUACGAUGGAACGUAUAGGUACGAUGGAACGUAUGGGUACGAUUGGUCCUUUUAAAAAGAAUUCUAUAAUCAUAUAUAUAAAUUCCAUUAUAAUAUACAAUUUUAGUUGAUAA